GUUUACACAUGCGCAGUGUAGUAAUACUUGUAAAUGGAGGUUGUUUGAAGUUAAGCUGUGUAGACGUUAUCCUCAAUCUAAUAGCAUUGAAACUUAUCAUCACCAGCUUGUUACUUUGUAUCAGGCGCGGUCACUAUGGACAGUAGUGUUGAAGGUGCUGAGCAGGAGGAAAAAGAGAGAUCCUCAUCUCCAGCUGAAAUACAGUCUCCUGUGAUGGACCGCAACCCAUCGCCACCUCCAGACACAGCUGACGGAUCAGAGGAUGAAGACCUGGAUGCCAUUGGAGACACCGUUUACAGCAAGCACUGGCUUUUCAGCACCCUGACUCGCCUCAUUAAUAUGGUCACAGAGCAUUCAGAAGAGGACUCUGAAGGACAGCUCUCUGAUGAUGAUGAGGAAGACCUGUGCAGAAUCUGGGAUAUGGCAAUGGAUAAGGAUGUAGUUGGUUUUCUGCAGGAAUUCAAAGCUGCGGAUAUCCUGCUGGGAGUGAUAGCCAAAUCUCGUUGCCCACGGCUUACGGAAAUCAGUGUAGGAAUUCUUGGGAACAUUGCUUGUUUCCCUGACACCUGUGUGACUCUCAGCCAAAAUGAGGACUUGAGUGCUGUGCUGUUGCUUCUUCUCGGAGAUACAGAUCCACCCACUCUUUUGGAAACCAGCAGAUUGCUGCUGACCUGUUUGUCUCAGAAAGAUGUUUGUUCCUUAUGGCUUCAGCGAAUACAACAGCAGACAUGCGUGCGCUCCAACCUUUGUUUCAUCAUGUGCAGUUCUACCAACAUGGAUCUGCUGGAGAAGGUGGGAGAGCUGGUGGAUAAAUUGUUUGACCUUGAUGAAGAUUUGAUGAAAAGCUGGAUAACAGCUCAGCCAAGUGAGGAAGACAAGGAUGAACGUGAAAGCCACCUGGAUUUGACUUUGUGUCUCCUUGAGGCGGUCAAGCAGUUAAGGUCAGAGAGUUUGAAUGGGGUUGAGGUUUACCUUCACAUCCUCCAGCUCCUCACCACUAUAGAGGAAGGCAUUCAGGUUUUUGCUGCGCCUGAUGGGCCUGGUAAAUUGGCGUGGGACUUUGUCUGUGACGUUGUGUGUGAGGAUCUCUGCCAACCAAACGAUCUUCCGAUUAUCUUGCAUGAGCAGAAAAGCAUUUUGGUUCAGGCAUUUGCUGUCCUGCAGGCUCUUUACAGAUGUCAGGAUCGGCAGUGCAGCAGAAGUGACACAAGUCUGCCUCUCAUUGGGACCAUCCUGCGGGUGUGUCAGUACCACAGUGAAUGCAAAGCUGAAGCUACAAACAAAGAUGACUCAUUAGAUGACCAGCUGCAAACUCUCUCUGAGAUCACAGCCGAGUUUCUAGCUGACCUUUGCAGUCACAUUCCUAAGGACACAGUUACAGAUUUGAUUAACAAUGGUCACCUGACACAGAAAACAUGUCUCACAGCUGCCACCAGUUUACUUCCCAAGUAUAAAACUUCAUUUCAGCACCUACAGGCCGUGUUGUCCGAGGCUGAUCCCCAAUUGGCAGAUGUGAUGAGGACACAGUUUCCUGUCUGAGUAUCCCCGCAGAUCCUUGUUAAGAACUCAUUCAGUCCUACCAUUUCUUUUUAUAGCAGCAGUAUUUCCUCUCCAAAGAUCCUGCUUCAUGUCAGAAUAUUUGCAUUUCCACUGGAAAGACACCCUCACAAAUGACAGCUGUUUAUCAUCUGUUGUAAUUAUGUGUACCACUGACAUUUAACAAAUUACAGUUGUAUUUAUUUUAAAAG